GCCGAACAGUAUCAACAAACAAGUAAAAAGCAUACAGCGUAAUUCUAUCAAGAGUUAUAUCGUCGUCGUCCAUAAUUACAAUUCUCGCCGAACAAGAAACACAGCCUACACUUUUUUUCGGUAAACAAAUAAAAUUAACUGAGCACAAACCAACGCUAUCAAAUUUCGCCUUUUUUCAGCAGAACAUCAACAAGUGACUCGUCGUUUUAAUAUGAGCAAAAUGAUGAUGUCGAGCAAGCUCCUCGCCCGGGCUCGUUUAUUUUCCAUGAUGCUGUUUUGUUUCUACUCGGGCCUUGGCUCGGAUCAGGAGAACAUCACGGGAGGUGGACCUGCAGGGGUGCUGGCAUUGGUUCCCGCUGGAAGUCCUGCUGGAGUCGUCGGGAGCGAGGACGCCCGCCAUGAGAAGAUGAUCUCUCGUCCUCUAUCCUGAUUGAAAACGUCCCCACGACACCAGAGUCAAGAUGGGAAAUCUGCUAGACAAAUCAGCCAGCUUUGUUUGUUUGGCAUGACAAGUUUGUUUGUCCUCGUAGUGUAGUCCUGUUUAGCUAGUUCAGAAGCUGCGUCACAGAUCUAGCAUAGCGCGCUGGUGAUUCUAGCAUCACAAAUUCCAAAACACGACUAGAAAAUCCCUCUCGUGGGGCUCCGCAUGAGAAGCAUUUUUACCAUGCAGAUUUGCAUGAGGACUCUGGGGUGGGGACGUUUUUACUCAGGAUAGACAAAGAAGUUCCUCGGGCACAACCAGCACCAAAAUAUUUUUAAGCAGCACCUCGGUACAUCUACCACUCCCAGCAGCCCAAAUGUGAACAUCACGGAAGCGAUUUGCGACCAGAUUCUCCCGCCCAUUAUUGGUCUGUUCUCGAGCCCUAUGAAAUGCAAAUAUGUCUGGGUCUGGAAGGGUGGAACUUGUAUGUAAUGCUGUCUACGGUGAUUCUAAAAGUAUCUGUGUUGCAUGAGCAGCAAGAGGAGUCCAGUUCUUCGCACGCGGAGAGGGCUGCAUUUCUCAUGCGUGAUAAGCAUCAAGAAGCCCUCAAAGAAUUAUCUGUGAUUCUAGGACCUGCAUCACAGACCUCACGGGUCAUGCGAAAUGUGCAUGACAAGCCCCGAGUCUUCCAGACCCAGACAUUUUUGUACUUGAUAAGCCCCUGCUACCUGGUCGGCCUCGACUCCGGCCCGAUUUGCACGGCCCGGAUGGCUCCCCUGAUUGCCGCGGUUCCGGAGCUCGCGGCGGUGGCCGUUCCCGCUUGCGUGACGCUGUGCACGAUAUCAGAAGGAAAAAUCCCCCCUCGCUCGAGGGCCCCACAUCAAAGCGAAAUUUCUGAUGCUGGAUACAUAAUUUGCGUAUAGUACAUGUACACAAAUCAGAUUUGUGUUGCCGUAGAGGACUGCAGGCCCAUAUCAUGCAACAGUAGAAAGGUUUUGGCCUAGGCAAUUAGCAUGAGGAACGUCCAUGCUGUAAAGGCACAACAGCAUUGCAAAUGAAACCACCUGCAUAUUAAUGGGGCGGAACCUGUGGCGUUGCUUUCUUAUUCUUGCAAGACGGAGAUGAUUUGUGUUCGCAAAUCAGCAUUGCAAAUUUUCUUCGGCGUGCCUUUUUGCUAUUGGGCGGGGGGAUUUUUCCUUAGGAUACACCAUUGGCUGCUCCGAAAUUUCGUCGCUGAUGAACAAAGGACAGCACGAUGCUACAGACAUCUGCCACAUCAUGUACGGGGGCGGCGAUCCGGGGCACUACAAUCCGCCCACACCAAGCAAGGAUACCUGCCCGCAGAUGGGCUGCGUCUACAGCCAAAAAUUGGGGUUUUGCGUCCCGAAAGGACAUGAAAAUGACCCGGAUGCCUUUCCUUGCGAAGCCUAGUAAGUAGGGGGAAAAAUAUAAAAUGGAAGAAGGCUUAUUUUUUGUUUGCCGAACAAGUGGUGGUCGUGGUGAUGAACCAACAUGAGAAAGUGUCGCAAAGUCGUGUACAAGGCGGCAUCGUAUCAAGAUGAAGAAUUUGUUGAGCACGAUAGAAGAAUUUUGGACACCAGCACUUACUCUUAAAAGAACAUCUUGCUGAUGUACUUACACUUGUUUGAUGUGAAUUCCACCACUUUUGUCUAGCUUUUCAGCAGUCCUCUGCAUUUGUAGUUCUGUGUUGAACUCCAUGGAAUUCAGAAUAGGGAUAAAAAAUUUGCACUUGAACGAGAACCCACGGAUCCUGUUUAAAGAACCCAUCAAAACAAGAAGAAGGCGAAGAACUUCACGCCUUUUUUUUGUGCAAUUUUUCAUGAAUAAUUUCAAAAAAACUCGGACUUUUUGCUUUCGCUCGACGCAAAUUGUCGUUUGAUGAUGUCAGUGUCACGACUUCAUUGCCGUAUAGUAAAAAAAAAUAUUUUUCGUUCAAAAAAAAACCUUGAAUAUAUCAUGAGAAGUAACGAAAAAGAAUUCCAAAACUCCAAUGAAAAACAAUUGUAUCUUUGUACUCCAAGAAACCGCGGUAGAACUAGUACUUUUUACGCUUCUCGACGUUUAUCUUCGCUGUCACGGUACUUACUUUCGACAGCGAAGAAGAUGUCGCACUCCGAGGCGUGUGAAAGAAUCGAAAAUAUUAACAACUACACAGUAUUAAAAAAAAAAAAAAUUGUGCUG